AUGACCGACCACCACCAAAGCAAUGGCGACGUCGACCUUGUUGCUGACCAUCCGCCUGCUCCCGUCGAAUCUUCGCCCACCGGUCUCAAGCGAAAGCGCCUCGAGUCGGAACCACAACCUCAAACACAGACCCAGCUGUAUCAGGACCUCUGGGAGCUUCUGAAGACCCAUGAUCCCGAACCCUCAGUCUUGAACCUACCUCUCCCAAACGCGUCGCGACUCUCCCAAACCAAUGGUGAUUCCACUAAGCGUCCGAAACUUGACAGUGAAGAAGAACAAAGCACCAUUGCUUCACGCUUGCAGAACAACCUCUAUCAAAGUCUUGACGACUUUGAGCGCGAUCUGGAUCUUGCUCUCGACACCCUCUUCGAGCCACUGAAGGCCAAGGAUCCCACAAAGACUGCCCAGCGCCUCACCAACCAACAUGUCACCACAAUGCGCUCCCUCUCAACCUUCCGCUCCCUUGUCAAGGACUGUCUGGAUCGUGAACGACCUAAAGAUGAGAAGGUGUCCAUCAAGAAGGAGGAGGAAGAUUCGCUUGCGCCAAAGUCUGCAAAGACAGUCUUGAGUCUGUUCGGAAAUGCUCCUCAAGCGAGACAACUCUUCUCAAGUCUGCCUCGUUCGAGCGCAUCUACACAAGCUCCUGGUCUAUCCGUCGAGGAACUCGGUCUACCCGCUAUGCUUUCUGCCACAAAAGUCGUACCUCUACCUCCUGCCGACGCUCUCGUCGCUCGCAAAGCUAACCCUACCUUCGCCGAUGUCUUCCCUGCACCUGCAACUCUGCCAGCUCUAAACCCUCCCAAGCCGAUCAGACAUUCGUCAUCCAAGUCCACUACAAUUUCAUGGUCUCUUGGCGAACUGCCAAAAGCUUCGAGAAAGGCCGGAUACACUCUGCAACCCCUGACUGUGGGAACCUGGGUAGGCUAUGGUUCUAACGAAAUCAAAGAGUCCGCAUCUGCAAUCAAGCGCAGGCGGAGGGAAAGUCUUCUGAAUGGCCAAGAACAACCAAAGCCCACUGAAGAACCAUCUCCUGCCGACAUCCUCGCUCAAGAGACUGCUCUAUUCCGUGCCGCAUACUCUGGUUUCGCUCCGACCCAAGACAACUCCAAGGCUUUGGUAGCCAAAGAGACCAAGAACAUGGUUUGGUGGCACAGAAUGGGUCAGAGGCGAUUUGAUGACCACUUCGUUCUUGACCCAGCUCUGCAGGAAUCUCCCUUCAAGGAUGAUUCUGAGGAACUCACCAAGCAGGCCUCCAUAGACGAGUCUGAAAACAUUCUGGGUGCAGACGAACUCGAAGCAAUCCAGAAGGCAAUCGAGAAUUUCGAUGAGGAUGCUUUGAAACCCAACAAGAUUGAAGUCGUGUCCACUAUCAAUGAAGAAGAACGCGAAGUUGAAGAAAUGCUUGCCGAGAUCUCAGACCUCCUGAAAGCUUUAUCGUCACAUCAACGAAUCCGCAACUCUUACAUUCCUACUGGUUCGCGAAAUCCAGCAAGUCCUAGUCCAUUGUUGAGCGCUAUGGUCGGUACUGCGACCGUUCCAUCGGCCGAGGAGAACGAGACUUACAGAGCUCUGCGAUCUCAAUUAGCCCAACUGAUAUCCAAACUUCCACCUUACGCCGUUGCCAAACUUGAUGGUGACAAGUUUGCAGACUUGGCUGUCAAGAAGAACAUUGUCAUCCAAGGCAAGGAGUACCGUGGAACCAUGGAGGAAGAUCAAUUGACUCGUUCGAUCCGCUCUUCAGCUAUGCAGGCUGCCGCUGCUCAGAAACCAGACCCGACCUCACAAUACGGACGCACACCAUCUGUCCCUAGUCGCGCAUCGUCAAGUUACUACAGUUCCAGGACUCCAGUUACUAACUAUCGCGGUGCUGCACAAAGCUACAAUGCUCCUGCUACUGCCCCACGUGCGGGUGCCAGCUAUCCCAACACGUAUAACACUACCAGCAAUGGUCGCUCGUCCUUCAGCACGCAGUACUAUGGUCAGCAGCGACCGACAUAUGCCUCACAAUACAGCACUCAGACUCCUCAGCCCUCCAAUCCCGCUCGCCCGGGCUUUAAUGUUCCUCAAACCGCCUAUGCUCCUCGCACCACUGCAUCGACCUUUGCCAACGGUGCUCCUGCUGGGGCUGCAUACACGCCACAAAACUAUGGGCAAACGCGGCCUACUUAUGGUUCUGCCAGUACGCCCGUGCCACAACAAACGUACCAAUCUCGUGCGCAAAAUCUCGCCGGUUCUCAACCACAACCUUCAUCUGGUCGCGUAACGCCGACAUUCGCCCAGCCUCCGAACCCGAACACACCUUCAGCAGUUGGGCCUUCUGGCUUCCAUAGUACACUGACUGCUGAACAGCAGAGGAUGAUGAUGGAGAGACAGCGUGCAGCACUCGCCAUGCAACCUCAGUCUGGAAUGGCAGCACAGACAGCACCCAUGGGAGGCAGUUCUGCAGCACCCCCAGCUGCUAUGCAAGCUCCAGCCCAACAACCUAAUGGGUCUCUGUAG